CCUGGACGACCACCCACCCCCCCGCUGCUCGGGUUAGGAAGGGUGGGACUUGUUUAUUAUAAUUUACUAUAUCUGAAUUAGUUUUUUAAAACUCCCAUUAUUGUCCCUCUUCUUCCCAUUUAUCUUGUAAAAAAAAACAUAUAUAAAUAAAAUGUUGGCCCGUACUUCUGCUGCACUCAAAGCCUCUGCCAUGUCUUCCGUCAAGGCUAACUCUCGUGCUAUCACUACUGCUACUCCCAGCAUCACACAAGCCUUUAACGCUCCCAAGAAUGACAACGGUAACUACCUUGUCACCUUGAUUCCUGGUGACGGUAUUGGUCCCGAGAUUUCUCGUUCAGUCAAGAAGAUCUUUGCUGCUGCCAAGACCCCUAUUGAGUGGGAGGAAGUUGAUGUCACACCUAUUAUUAAGGAUGGUAAGACUGCCAUUCCUGAUGUUGCCAUCCAAAGUGUCCGUAAGAGUACCGUUGCCUUAAAGGGUCCUCUUGCUACCCCCAUUGGUAAGGGUCAUGUCUCUCUUAACUUGACUCUUCGUCGUACUUUCAACCUUUAUGCUAACGUCCGUCCCUGUCGUUCCAUCAAUGGUUAUGAGACCCCUUAUGAGAACGUUGAUACCGUUCUUAUCCGUGAAAACACCGAAGGUGAAUACUCUGGUAUUGAACACGAGGUUGUUGAUGGUGUUGUCCAAUCCAUCAAAUUGAUCACUCGUGAAGCUUCUGAGCGUGUUGCUCGUUAUGCUUUCACCUAUGCCGAAACCAUUGGUCGUGAUCGUGUUACUGCUGUCCACAAGGCCAACAUCAUGAAAUUGGCUGAUGGUCUCUUCUUGCAAGUUUGUAAGGAAGUCUCCAAGGAUUUCCCCAACAUCAAGUUCAACGAUGUCCUCCUCGAUCGUGCUUGUCUCCACAUCACUGCUGACCCCUCCAUCUACUCUGACACCGUCAUGGUUAUGCCCAACUUGUAUGGUGAUAUCUUGUCCGAUAUGAGUGCUGGUUUGAUCGGUGGUCUUGGUUUGACUCCCUCCGGUAACAUUGGUAAGGAUGCUUCCAUCUUUGAAGCUGUCCAUGGUACUGCUCCCGAUAUCGCUGGUCAAGAUAAGGCUAACAGCACUGCCUUGCUCUUAUCUGGUAUCAUGAUGUUGAGACACAUGAGACUCUACACUCAAGCCGAUAACAUUGAGAAGGCCGUCUUUGAUACCCUUGCUGAGGGUAAGCACUUGACUGGUGAUUUAGGUGGAAAGGCUUCUCUCACUGAAUACACUGAUGCCAUUGUCUCCAGAUUGUAAAUUAUCUCUUCUUUUUUUUUAUUUCCACCUCUUCUUUCACUACUCUUA